AUGGAUAAUAAACCCACCACCAACAACAACCGUCACUCCUACAUCAACGAACAAGAUGACUCUGAUGCAGCUCAAGAAAACAUUGCCGACUCCCCUCCUUCUUCCUCUCUCUUCAACAUCGAUGGCUUAGUCACCUCCCCCACUUCCUCAUCAAAGAGAAGGAGGGCAAUACAGAAAAGGGUGGUGCAAAUCCCAAUCAAGGAGACAGAAGGGUGUAGGCUAAAAGGAGAGAGCAACACCCCACCGUCGGAUUCAUGGGCAUGGAGAAAGUACGGGCAGAAACCCAUCAAGGGUUCACCUUAUCCCAGAGGGUACUACAGGUGUAGCAGUUCGAAGGGGUGCCCGGCACGGAAACAAGUGGAAAGGAGCUGCCUGGACCCCACAAUGUUGGUCGUCACUUACUCCUCCGACCACAACCAUCCCUGGCCAGCUUCUAGAAACAACGCCAGGCCCACAAAGAAGCCCGAGCCCGAGCCGGUCACGGACCCGGUCGAACCGGAGCCGGAACCGGAGGAGAAGUUCGCGGACCUAGGCGGGGAGUCCAUGAUCACGACCGCGGACGAGAUGGGGUGGCUGGGGGAGAUGGAAACGACGACGUCCACCGUUCUCGAAAGCCCAAUUAUGGCCGUAGGGUACCAUGCUGACGUGGCGUCGGCGUUGCUGCCGAUGAGGGAGGAGGACGAGUUGCUCUUUGCCGACCUCGGGGAGCUGCCGGAGUGCUCCGUCAUGUUCCGGCAGGGGCUUCUGGCGGAGCAGCGGCGGUACACGGCGCCGUGGUGCGGGACCACAAGUUGA